AUGACGCCCCCAAUAUCUCAUGAGUCGUCCAUUACGCUCUUGUCUCCUGUUUCACACAAGAAUGCAGUACGAAGAGGGUCGAUUACCCUCUCGGCAGCGGCUACCCGCAAGAAGACGGAGCCAAAAGAGCCCUCACACUUCGAUUUUGUUCAAACCAAAGAACCAAAGGUUAGCUAUGUUGAAGCCUUGAGGUUCUUCUGGUGGGCUAUAGUUGUGAUGAUAUCACAGCUAUUCAAUGAUAUUAGAGAGGGACGUAAUGGUUUUGCAACCAUAUUUACUGCGGAUUUGAUCUCCCACUUUUUCUUUAUUCCUGUUGGCAGAAUGACACCUCGCCUGGUCAUCAAGGGUCCGCAUGAGCAUUUACAUGUUCGAGUGAUCCCAAAGUCUACCACCCGCCAGUAUGAAGAACUCAAACACAUUGAUACGUUCCCUGAGAAGGAAAUGAUCAAUUGCGUGAGCAACAACUACGGAGGCUUUUCGAAGCUUGAAGAUGAUGCCGCUGAUCUCAUUGAUCACACAAUCUCAACAUUACCAUUCACUGAUGGUCCUGAAGAACUGGAAAUUACUUUGAGAAAAGAGUGUACCGCAUACAUGGGCUUUGAUCUCUGCGAACUAGCACCAUCUGGUUUCAGCAGCAACGUAUUGGCCUUCCAAACUGUCAACAAUCUCGCUCAAGCAAGUGGCAAGACUUGCAUCUUCCUGUGCGACCGUGACUGUCAUAACUCAAUGUUCACAGGGGCUUAUACCAACAAGAAUGCCGUCACGCAUAAAUUCGACCACAAUGACAUUACAGAUUUGGAGUUCAAGCUGCGGACUUUGAAGCAAAAGGACCCAGAGGCGUUUGUGUGCGUUGCUGUUGAAGGCUUAUACAGUAUGGAGGGUACAACGGCGCCGAUACCUGCAAUUUUGGCACUGAAAAAGUUGUACGGCUUCAAACUGCUGGUUGAUGAAGCACAUUCCUUCAUGUCUCUUGGAUCCACGGGCCGUGGAUCGUUCAACCACUGGCAAGAUUUGGGAUAUGACUGUCCCCUCAAAGAGGCUGAUGUCAUGACCUGCAUGUUUUCCAAGUCGGUCGGUUGUACUGGUGGUAUGGUAUUAGCAAACGGUGCUUUCGCCACGCAGUUGGCAAUCGAGGGCCGUAAUAUGGCUAUUCAAGGCUCCGAGAAUUUGUCAACAGCCGUCAUCGUUCGUGUGCUGAGUCUCAUGCGUAAACCGCAGCUCAUUCGGCGACGUAUGGCGACUCUGCGUUCCAAGGCUACCUACGCUGCUCACAUGCUGUCGAAGGCAGGUUGCAAAGUGUUGUCCUCUCCUGGAAGUCCUAUCGUCUGCUUUCCAGUUGGAACCGUUCGACAAGUCGCCGUCCUGCAUGAUGAGGCUUUCCAAAAGGGAGUAGCAUUGGUUGGAGGUGUCCCUCCUGCUACGCCUCUAUGGGGCUGUCGAAUUAGAAUGGCCAUCUUUGCGACUAUCGAGUGGGCAGAUUUGCGCUCGGCGCUUACUACUACGAUUGACAUUUGUGUCAAACACAAAGUACCGGGUGUCAAGAAGAUUUUCAUUGACCCAUACUCUCUGCCUAAAGAAAUGUUGCCAAGUGAUGCAGAAAUCACAAAUAGCAGGGCUGUUGACGGGGAACUCUUCGAACUCGUUGACACUCUUGCUCAAAGUGAUAAGAAACAGCUACAAGCAACGGCUAUUGGAUCCCAUCCCAAGAUUCUUGCCGCUGGAACAUCAGCAUUGAGGAAUUAUGGAAUUGGCCCUUGCUCCGCACGCUGGUACUAUGGCUCGUUCGACGUCUUUGUGCGGCUUGAGCAACGCUUAGCCAGUCUGUACCCAUCACUCAUCCAACACUCCGGCAGGUGUAGAGCCAUGGUGUGCGGCGAUGCAGAAGUGACAAUCGGAUCCUCUUUUGCAGCUCGAGCCAUUCCCCCGAGGACUAAACACAUUGAUAAUUUGGUUUGCCUAGCCUCUUCAGCACCGCACUUUGUUCACAAAGCUGUGAGCAUGGCCAAGGAAUCAACAGCUCGGCGCGUUGUUCACUUCAACGCUGUUCGAGAUGUACCUGAGCUGCUGGCACAAGAGUAUGAGAGAACCAAGCGGUCCAUAUAUCUCACGAUAUAUCUGGAAGUCGCAGAUCAAGCCACAGGUCUGCCUCUCGACUUGAUACCCUUGUUGCGUGCCAUUGCUCGCUUACCCACGGCGCAACUCGCAGGCGCUUGUAUAUUCUUGGAUGACCGCAACGGUUUGGGCAAGCUAGGGCCAAAGAAGCUUGGAUAUUUGAACUACAUGGAAGAGAAACACGGUGACGACUUUAUUAUCAAAGCACUUGGUCGCCGGUCGUCUGAUAUACAAGUUUUGGUCGCUGGUUCGUGGUAUAGCGCCUUUGGACAUCAAGGAGGAUACGUCACAGGCUCAGCUCAAGUGGUAGAAAACCUGACUUGGGAUGCCAGGGCAUUCUUCUUUUCAACUCCGCCAAUGCCUUUGCAAACAGCCAUGUCUGACAAAGCCUUGCAGAUGUUAGCAGAAGGCCAAUUGUAA